AUGUUUAAGCUCGGUGGUAGCCGGAUUUUGGCUUCCGCCUCCAGGUCUUCCAAGCUCAUUGCUCCUACUAUCCGCAGAGUUCCCGGAAUUGCUCAACAAACGAGGAAUCUCAGUAUCCACGAAUACCGCUCUGCUGAGCUUCUCCGCGAGUAUGGCGUCCAAGUUCCCAAGGGUGCUGUCGCUGAAACCGCGAACGAGGCCAAGGAGGUAGCCAAGCAAAUCGGAACCGACGAUAUGGUGAUAAAAGCUCAGGUUCUUGCCGGUGGUCGUGGAAAGGGUACUUUCGAUAACGGCCUUAAGGGAGGUGUUCGUGUCAUCUACUCUCCCCACGAAGCCGAGAUGUUCGCCGAGCAGAUGAUCGGCCACAAGCUUGUCACCAAGCAAACUGGUGCUGGUGGUCGCCUUUGCAACGCCGUCUACAUCUGCGAGCGCAAGUUCGCUCUCCCCGUCAUCGUCUCCUCCUCUCAGGGUGGUGUUGACAUCGAGGGUGUUGCCAAGGAGAACCCCGAGGCUAUCAAGACCACCAUCAUUAACAUUAACGAGGGUGUCACUGACGCCAUCGCCUACGAUAUUGCCCACAGCCUCGGCUUCAGCGACCAGUGCAUCGAGGAUGCCAAGGACACCAUCCAGAAGCUCUACAAGACUUCCGACCACAAGGUUCUCUGCAUGGAUGCCAAGUUUGGUUUUGACGACAACGCCGACUACCGCCAGAAGGAAGUCUUCACGUGGCGCGAUACCACCCAGGAGGACCCCGAUGAGGUGAGGGCCGCCGAGUCUGGCCUCAACUUCAUCAAGCUCGAUGGUGAUAUCGGCUGCCUCGUCAACGGUGCCGGUCUUGCCAUGGCCACCAUGGACAUCAUCAAGCUCAACGGCGGCAACCCCGCCAACUUCCUUGACCUCAUCACCAGCGAUCCCAAGGUCACUGCCAUCUUCGUCAACAUCUUUGGCGGUAUCGUUCGUUGCGACCACAUCGCCCACGGCCUCAUCAACACCGUCCAGACUCUGAACCUCAAGGUCCCCAUCAUUGCCCGUCUCCAGGGUACUAACAUGGCCGAGGCUCACCGCCUCCUGAGCGACUCUGGCCUGAAGAUCUUCUCUAUCGACGAUCUCCAGGAUGCCGCCGAGAAGUCAGUGCAGCUCUCCAAGGUCGUGAAGAUGGCCCGUGAUAUUGAUGUCGGUGUUGAGUUCACUCUCGGGAUCUAA